GGCCCCGCCAGGUGCCGUACGCCCGCUCUGAGGCUCACCUGACGGAGCUGCUGGAGCGGAUCUGUGAGAAGAUGAAGGAGUACGGUGAGAAGGUGGAUCCGUCCACGCACCGCAAGAGCUACGUGCGCGUCAUCUCCCACGACGGGACCAAGCUGGACCUCUCCGGGGUCAAAAUCGAUGGCGACGUGGCCUCCAGCCUCAAGUUUGCGUGUGAGAGCAUUGCUGAGGAGUACGAGGAUGAGCUCAUUGAGUUCCUGUCCCACGAGGCUGACAACGUCAAGGACCGGCUCUGCAGCAAGCGGACAGAUCUGUGCGACCAUGCGCUGCACCUCCCACAUGAUGAGCUGUGACGCCGCCGGCCCCGGGCUGCGCCGACCCCCCAACAACAACACGCUGCCUCACAGCCUCGGCCCCAUCCCCACUCUGGGGGGGGAUUCUCUCGUCCUAUUUAUUCGCUGUCCAUCCGCUGCCGUGUGGGCAGGGACACGUCCUUUGGUUGGGGGCGUUCUGGUGGCUGAUGUGUGGCUCCAGGUUCUCUCAGCUGCUGCCUGGGGCUGCUAUAGGGACAGCGGUGCUGCUGUGGGUCUGUUGGGCACCCGGGGCCCAAUCCAGGAGGCAAUAAAUGGGGCCCGAUGUGGGCUGGUGUC